AUGGACCGCCGGGGUUGGCCCUGGAAGAAGAAAUCAUCUGAUAAAAGCAUAAAGGUUGAGAAUGAGAAACCUGCGUCUGCUUGUGAAUCUGGUGUUUCUAUAUUGUCUUCUGUGGCACAUGUAGGAGAUCAGCAAGAGAACAGCAAACAUAAGAACUAUGUUCAAAUAUCAAUGGAGUCAUAUACUCGUAUGUCUGGAUUGGAAGAUCAAGUUGUAAACUUAGAGGAUCAACUAAAAGCUUUGGAAGCAAAGCUAUCUUCAGUUUAUUCGGAAUUAGAUAACAAGGAUAAUCUAGUUAAACAGCAUGCAAAAGUUGCAGAGGAGGCAGUCUCAGGUUGGGAGAAAGCUGAUUCAGAAGUUGUUUCCCUGAGACGUCAACUUGAAUCUGUGUCUCUCUCUAAGCUUAAUGUUGAUGAGAAAACAGCUCACCUAGAAGAAGCUUUAAAAGGGUGCAUGAAGCAGAUAAGAACUGUAAAGGAAGAAAGUGAGCAUAAACUGCAUGAGGUGAUUCUUAUGAAAUCUCAUCAAUGGGAGAAAAUCAAGUUAGAACUUGAAGCUCAAAUAGACAAUUUGGAUGAAGGACUUCGUGAGUUAGCCAGUGAAAAUGCUGCCCUUAGAAGAUCACUUCAAGAAAGUUCGAACAAAAUAGUGAAACUAAAAGAAGAAAAGUCUGAAGCUGAGGGACAGGUAGAGCUUCUAACGAAGAGUUUUCAGUCAAAAGAAAAAGAAAUAUCUUCUUUGAAGUAUGAGCUGCAUGUAAUUUCUAAGGAGCUGGAUAUCCGAAACGAAGAGAAGAGUAUGAUUAUGAGAUCAGCAGAGGUGGCAAACAAGCAACACACAGAGGAUGUCAAGAACAUUGCCAAGCUAGAGAGUGAGUGCCAACGACUUCGUGGUCUGUUGAGAAAGAAGUUACCAGGGGCUGCUGCAUUGGCACAGAUGAAACUAGAAGUUGAGAGUUCACAUCAUGUCAUCAGUGCAUUCCAUCAAAGAAAAGCUACUUCAAAAAGUGAUAGCCUGCAAGAAUCUGAGUUUCUUUCCAAGCAAUUAGAGGUGUUGGAAGAAGAAACAAGGACAUUGAAAGAAGCAUUGGCCUCAAGUAAUGCUGAACUUCAGGCUUCUAAAAACUUGUAUGCUAAAACAGCUGGCAGACUUAAGCGCUUGGAAGCAGAGAUAAAUCAAGAAAGAAGCACCCAGAAAUCAAUUUUGGCAACCAAUUAUGGAAACUCCUUUAGAAGAAUUUACAGCUAUUCAUCGAGCAUUACUUCUAUCUCAGAUAAUGGGCAUGAGGAUCCUGAAAGUCCCGUUGAGUCUUGUGCAGCAUCAAUUCUUGACCAUUCUGAUAUCAGGAGGAUUGGAAGUGUUGGUAAGUUUGAGAAUCAUAGGAGUGAAACUAUCUCAGACCUGAUGGAUGACUUUCUGGAAGUGGAGAAGAUGGCAUGUUUAUCAGAGAAUGGUGAUGCACCUCUUGGCAUUAUUAGUAAAACUAUUCAUACUGCCGAAGGUAUGAAGGCUCGUUGUUUAUCUUCAAAUCAAAGUUGUUUUGACACGACAAACCAAAAUAUAGAACCUGAGCCUAAAAGUGAAUGCACUGAUAAGACAGCUGAACGUGAUGAGCAUAUGCAAGAUCUUAUGGAAAAAAAGCUGAUGUUGCGGGAAAACAUGCAGCUUCUAGAAGAGCUGAAAGCACAACUUGAGUCGUCCCAUAAAUCAUGUAGUUUAACUGAGAUUCAGCUGAAAUGUAUGACUGAGUCUUACAAAUCACUUCAAACUCGUGUAGAGGAGCUAGAGACUGAAAAUACGUAUUUACAGGAAAAGAUAAAUGAGCUAAAGAAUGACCUUGCAGAGGAAAAACGAAGUCAUCAUGAUGCUUUGGUGAGAUACAAUGAAAUUGAAGAGAAAAUGCGAAGGGACAAGUGCUUGGUGUGUGCAUCAAAUUCGGCAGCAAACUCUGUGAAGGGAACUGCUUUUGCAUUUCUAAAUUCUAUCGAAUUGGUAUUUGAAGUAAUGUGGGAUAAAGAGCUAGCAGCUGCGGAGAAAAAGCUGGCAGAAUGUCAGGAGACUCUGUCUAUACUUGGUAGACAAUUGCAAGCCAUGUGCCCCCAGAUAGGUGUGACCACGACUCAGCAUAGCAAAAGGCUUCAAGUGAAUGAAAAGUUAGCCAAACCAACUUAUGGCUGGUCAAAUUCUUAUGGGUCAUGUAACUCAAAUGAAAUUGAUCAUGCUGAGGCAUGUAGCGUAGUGUCUGACAUUCAAGGAGUGGUUGAUGAGUUUUCAUCGCAUAACUCUGGUGCCACAUCACGCCUUUCAGACACCGAAGGCAACUUUUGGUUAAACUCUGAAGCAGGUUCAAAUCACUAG